AUGGCUUUCCAAACUCAACAGAUUACCCAGUACCAAGCCGAGCACCUAGCCGAGCUCCAGGGUGAUGUCAGUGAGCAGGCAAUCAAGUUCAUGCUGGGCUUGAUCCCUUCUUUUGCCCAAGGCGAGGUGAUCCACGAUAAUGCAUGCGGUUCCGGAGCGGUUACCGAGACCAUCCUGGCUCUGCCACCGCCGCCAGAUACAAAGAUCUUCGCAACCGAUAUUGACCCGCAGUUCGUCCAGGGAGUAACAGCGCUGGCGGAGAAGAACAAGUGGCCUGUCACAACCGCCACUAUGUCGGCGCAGGAGCUUGACUUCCCAGAGGACAAGUUCACAUACUCUUUCACUAGUUUCGCCUUCCACUGUCUCGGCGAUCAUGACGCUGCGGCUAAGGAGGUUUAUCGCACCCUCAAGCCUGGUGGCACUGCCAUCGCGUCUAUCUGGAUCUUCAUGCCGCACGUCGACGCUCUUCAGCAUGCCCACUGGCGCUCUCGUGGCCGUGACGGGCCCAUGCCAACGUUGCUACCAUUGGAGGGCUUCCAGGAAGCAGACCUACGCAAGGCGCUUACCGCAGGUGGAUUCAAACCCGAGAAUAUCACGUGUUCAACCAAAGACUGCUAUCUGAGCAUUCCGGAUCUCCAGCGCUGGGCGCAACUGGCUUGGAGCUACUUGGGCACGCUGCCUAGUGGAUGGUCUCAGAAUGAUGAAGACAAGUGGAAUGAGGUAAUUGAUGACAUUGUCGAGCAGUUGAAGAGUGGAGAUGGCAUCUCUAAGAACGAACAGGGAGAGACUGUAUUGAAGAUGAUCGCGUGUGUGGCUGUCGCUACGAAGUAA